GGACAUCGGCGCUUAGAUUUUCCCCAAAUCCGAAGAAACAGACACUAAAUUUCAUUUCGUGAAAGCACGAUCGUAGGAACUAUAAUCUGCAGUCAAAGUUUGUGCAUAAUGGAAGACCAAACCCAGAGAAAACCCAGAAUCCUGUGCCUCCACGGAUUCAGAACCAGUGGCGAAAUCCUCAAGCAAUUGGUCUUAAGAUGGCCAGAACCUGUGAUACAAAACUUGGACCUGGUGUUCCUCGAUGGCCAGUUUCCCUCACAGGGAAGAUCUGACGUUGAAGGCAUUUUUGACCCUCCUUACUAUGAAUGGUUCCAAGCCAAUGAGGACUUCUCUGAAUAUAGAAACUUCGAAGAGUGUUUAGCAUACAUAGAAGAUUUCAUGCUAAAAAAUGGUCCUUUCGAUGGUGUGUUGGGUUUCUCUCAGGGAGCAAUUUUAGCAGCUGCAUUGCCAGGAAUGCAAUCGCAGGGUGUAGCACUUGGGAAGGUAGAGAAGAUCAAGUUUUUGAUUGUGAUAUCUGGAGCCAAGUUUGGUGGAAACAAGUUUGGAAUGCCUAAAUUGGCUUCUAAUGCAUUUUCAAAACCAAUUGAUUGCUUAUCUCUUCACUUCAUUGGGGAGAAAGAUUUCAUGAAGGAAGAGAGCGUUGCUUUGCUGGAAGCAUUCCAGAAUCCUGUUGUGAUUCAUCACCCCAAAGGACAUACAGUCCCCAAACUUGAUGAUAAAAGUCUUGAAAUUAUGGUUAAUUUUACUGACAGGAUUCAGAGGAUGAUUUAAGAUGGUGAUAUCAAACCUUGAAUCUUAUGCAAACUAUCUGUCAGCUUUCUAUCUUGUAACAAUAUUAUAAAACUUCACUGAAACCAUAUACUAAUGAGGAUUUUCACAUAUAAAUCUUAUCUUUAUAUACUAAUGUAAAAUUGAUUUGAAGCUGCAAUGCAGUGAAAAGAUGGUGCCAUUGAAGGUUGGUGGUGGACACAUUUCCACAUAUAAAUCUUAUCUUUAUAACUUUUCCCUCAUGGCUUUUCAUUUAGACCUUUAUUUGACUUUUUCCACAUGAAUAUCGGAAUCAGUUUCUUAAAAAUAAAUAAAAUUUGUGUAUCUGGCCAUAAGCAUUUUGGAAAUGUUUAUAUUAACUUCAUUCCUUGUAUAAGCAAUGCGAUUUGCUCUACUUGUAAAUUUUGU